UCUUUUCUCUAACCUAUACUGACUAAAUGACAGGCAUGCUAAUGCUAGUUCCCUUUAUUAUACAGCCAAAACAUUGGUUCUUUUCUUGGGUCUGACACAGAAAAGAUUUUGGUGAAUGGAUUUCUGGCCUGUAAGGCAAGACGUGGGUUCAAAUCUAAGUAUUACGUUAUACAAAAGUAAUCCAUUCCAAAGGUGAUUUCUCUAGUAGCUAAAACAGUUGCCAUUUGCAGAAAAAAUUAGCAUUUCUUGUUUUGUUCUGUGGUUCUUGUACACUUCAUGACUGCAAUGGCAAUGAGGAGAAGAGAAGUUGGUCUCUAUUUUGUGGCUUGCUUGUGGCUUCUGACUACUGUAAAUGGAUUGCUGACUCCUAAAGGAGUAAACUUUGAAGUUCAAGCUUUAAUGGGAAUAAAAGCUUCUUUAGAUGACCCUCAUGGGGUUCUUGAGAAUUGGGAUGGAGAUGCUGUUGAUCCAUGCAGCUGGACUAUGGUCACUUGCUCUUCUGAGAGUCUUGUCAUCGGCCUGGGAACUCCUAGCCAGAAUUUAUCUGGAACUCUUUCUCCAACUAUAGGCAACUUGACUAAUCUUCAGACUGUGCUCCUGCAGAGCAAUAAUAUUACAGGACCAAUUCCUGCUGAGAUAGGAAAGCUCUCAAAGCUGCACACGCUUGAUCUUUCUAAUAACUUCUUUACUGGGAAAAUUCCUUCCUCUUUAGGCCAUCUGAGGAAUCUAGAAUACAUGAGGCUAAAUAAUAACAGUCUCUCUGGAGAAUUCCCAAUGUCAUUGGCUAACAUGACCCAGCUUGUGUUACUUGACCUGUCAUUCAAUAACCUGAGUGGCCCUGUACCAAGAUUUCCUACCAAAACAUUCAGCAUUUCUGGAAACCCUCUAAUCUGUCCAACAGGUUCUGAACCAGAAUGCUAUGGGACAACCCUAAUGCCAAUGUCCAUGAACUUGAAUAACACACCAACAGCCCAACCUGCAGACAGACCGAAGAGUCACCAGGUAGCUCUUGCAUUUGGCUCAAGCGUUGGUUCUGUCUCACUUAUCAUUCUUGUGUUUGGAUUAUUUUUGUGGUGGAGACAAAGGAACAAUCAACCUACAUUUUUUGAUGUUAAAGAUCGCCAACACGAGGAAGUUUCUCUUGGGAACUUGAGGAAAUUUCAGUUUAGAGAACUUCAGAUUUCGACAAACAACUUCAGCAAUAAGAACAUACUAGGAAAAGGAGGUUUUGGCAAUGUGUACAAAGGGAUUCUCCAUGAUGGGACUGUUGUAGCUGUCAAGAGGCUUAAAGAUGGCAGUGCCAGUGGAGGAGAGAUUCAAUUCCAAACAGAAGUUGAGAUGAUCAGCUUAGCAGUGCACCGGAACCUCCUUAGGCUCUAUGGAUUUUGUAUGACACCAACAGAAAGACUUCUAGUUUAUCCAUACAUGUCCAAUGGCAGCGUCGCUUCUCGUCUCAAAGGGAAACCAGUCUUGGAUUGGGGCACCAGGAAGAGAAUUGCCUUAGGAGCUGCGAGGGGACUCUUGUACCUCCAUGAGCAGUGUGAUCCAAAGAUAAUCCACAGGGAUGUUAAGGCUGCAAAUAUAUUGCUUGAUGAUUAUUGUGAAGCCGUGGUAGGUGAUUUUGGGUUGGCAAAGCUUUUGGAUCAUCAAGAUUCACAUGUCACUACUGCCGUGAGAGGCACUGUCGGGCAUAUAGCUCCUGAAUAUCUUUCAACUGGUCAAUCCUCAGAUAAAACAGAUGUUUUUGGAUUUGGUAUCCUGCUUCUUGAAUUAAUCACAGGCCAAAGAGCACUAGAGUUUGGCAAGGCAGCCAAUCAGAAAGGAGCCAUGCUAGAUUGGGUAAAAAAGAUUCAUCAAGAGAAAAAGCUUGAAAUGCUUGUAGACAAGGAUCUAAAGGGAAAUUAUGAUAGAAUUGAGCUUGAGGAGAUGGUACAGGUUGCCCUCUUGUGCACCCAAUACCUUCCAAGCCAAAGACCUAAAAUGUAUGAAGUGGUUAAAAUGCUUGAAGGAGAUGGGCUAGCGGAAAGCUGGGAGGCUUCUCAAAGAGCAGAAGCAACCAAGUCCAAACCCCACGAGUUCUCCUCGUCAGAUCGAUAUUCUGAUCUCACCGAUGACUCAUCCUUACUAGUCCAAGCAAUGGAGCUCUCUGGCCCAAGGUGAAUUCCUUAGAAAAAUCCAAUAUAUUUUCUCUUCUUUUUUUCUUCAUUUAAAGAGAUUUAGAAUAAUAGAAAACCAUUAUAGGUGAAGCUGUUUUGUGAUAGUGUUUUCUUGAUUGAGGUUUCUUUUGUUGUAUAAUAGUGGUAUAAUCUAGGCUCCAAAGGACUUGAUGUUUUCAUCAAAUUGUACAGGUCCUGUUUUGAGAAACUGACAGUACUUAAAAAUCCUUCUAUUUGUAUUCCUACUGAGUGACAAUUCUAUGAGGAUCCAAUUUACUUUGAGAGCCAA